AUGGCCACCCCCGAUAGCCCCAGACAGUGUCUAUCCAUCAGUCAGAAGGCAGAUGUCGGUCUCGUCGAGUAUGCGGAAUCACCAAUCGAUAACCCGAAGGUGGAGAAUGGGUCCGAGGAGUCUGCAUUCGGCAUUGACCCUGUGAGGGAGAAGGCACUAGUCCGCAAGAUCGACAAACAUGUAAUUCCUAUGGUCAUGAGUCUCUACCUAAUGUCGUUCAUUGAUCGGGUCAACAUCGGGAACGCAAGAUUGUAUGGCUUGGAGGAAGAUUUGGGAAUGACGGGGAACAUGUUCCAAAUAGCUGUCUCCAUCUUGUUUGUCACCUAUGUCUGUGGAGAGCUUCCCUCGAACUGGAUUCUGAAACAAUACGUACGGCCCUCUCGAUGGAUUGCGAGCAUCACAGUUGCCUGGGGAUUAGUGGCCACCUUAUCAGGUCUCACGCAGUCUUACGCCGGUUUGAUUGUGUGUAGACUAUUGCUAGGCCUUACCGAAGCAGGUCUCUUUCCUGGCAUGAUAACUUACCUGACCUUGUUCUAUAACAAGCAAGAGCUUGCCCUUCGAACUGCAUAUCUAUUCGUGUCAGCUGCCAUUGCGGGUUCUCUCGGCGGUUUGCUUGCCUACGGCAUAGGGUUCAUGGAUGGCCUAGGGGGAUACUCCGGCUGGCGCUAUAUCUUUAUCAUAGAAGGGUUUCCGACCAUUGUCCUGGGCGUCAUCGCUUGGUUUUUCCUGGCUGAUGAGGCCGACACCGCAUUCUAUCUAAAUGCAGAGGAGCGAGCCCUCGUUCUUAAACGUCGCGCCGCGCAGCUGGGGGUCACCCAGACUUUCCAAUGGCCGGAUGCAAAGAAAGCAUUCACUGACUGGAAGACAUACCUAUUUUCGGCCUCUCAAUUCUGCAACGCCUGCAUGCUGUACUCCUACAGUACGUUCUUGCCGACCAUCAUCAUUCAGAUUAUGCCGGAAGCCGGUCGAGCCACUACUCAGUUGUUGACCAUGCCUUGCUAUGCUGUUGGUGCAAUCGUCUUCCUCAUUCUUGCUCGUGUCAGCGACUGGAAGCAGGUUCGUGGGCCGAUCGCAGCGACAAUGGGCUGUGUCAGCGCUACUGGAUACGCGAUCUUGCUAUCGCGCGGUCCACCUGGCGUCCUUUACUUUGGAUGCUUUGUCGUUGCUGCCGGCCUCUACAUUGUGGGCGGUAUGAAUAUGACCUGGCUCAACCUCAACAAUCCAAGAUAUGGCAAGCGUACCACGGCAUCUGGCAUGCAGAUUAUGUUUGGAAAUUGUGCUGGUGUUGUGGCACCUUUCCUCUACCCGACAGAUGAUAGGCCUCAUUUCGUACGGGGUCACGCCGUCAAUGUCUCGCUUGUUGCCCUUGGGGCUUGCAUUUUUGCUUUCUUCUCGGUCUACUUUAGGUGGGAGAAUAAGCAGAGACGGCUCGGAAGGCGUGAUUACAACGUGGAAGGCAAGACGGAGGAAGAGAUUCUUGCCAUGGGUGAUGAGAAUCCUCGUUUCAUGUACACGACUUAA